AUGACCGAGAAUGUCACUGGGGAGAUCAAAAAUCCCCUCGCCGGAAUCCCCCAUGGUCAGCUCAUGGCAGAUGUGACGGCUUAUGCUGCCGAAUAUGACCUUGAGGAUAUCUUGCCCCUCUUGCAGAAAGGUGCUCUGGUAGCUCAGUCACCAGCGGGGAUUGAAGAAAUCUCCGAACUCAAUGAUGAUGACCGCCGUGUUCUUUACGAGGAGCACACUCGGCGUUGGAAACACCCGUUUGCGUUGUACUACACCAUCAUUCUAAACUCGAUCUCGGCAGCUAUUCAAGGCUGGGAUCAGACUGGUUCGAACGGUGCUAACCUGACCUUUGAUGUUCAAUUUGGUAUUCCAAAUAACUCACCUCAAUGUCCUGACCCAGAGACUUGCAAGCGUAACCAGUGGAUCGUCGGUUUUAUUAAUGGGACUCCAUACAUCACCAUCUGUCUAUUUGUUGCUUGGCUCUCCGAUCCCCUGAACCAUAUCCUCGGCCGCCGUGGCACAAUCUUCCUGGCCGCAAUCUUCAGUCUCCUAGCGCCCCUGGGCUCCAGCUUCACUCAACAUUGGGGUGAGCUCGUUGCCUGUCGUGUUCUUCUCGGACUUGGCAUGGGUCUCAAGGAAGUCACCGUUCCUGUUUACUCAGCUGAAAAUGCACCCACAAACAUUCGAGGCGGCCUAGUUAUGUCAUGGCAGCUUUGGACGGCCUUUGGUAUCUUCCUCGGAACGUGCGCAAACCUCAUUGUGGCAAACACUGGUGAUAUUGCCUGGAGACUACAGCUAGGCUCUGCAUUUAUUCCAGCUGUGCCAUUGCUUAUUGGUAUUUGGUUUUGCCCCGAGUCUCCACGAUGGCUGAUGACCAAGAAAAACCACAAGGAAGCCUUUGCGUCUCUUCUCAGACUGCGGAAUAGCCCUUUACAAGCUGCCAGAGAUUUGUAUUUGAUUUACGCCCAGCUGGAGAAGGAAAAGCAGUUGCUUGCCCAGUCGGGAUUCUCCAAGAGCGACAACAUGUUCAUUCGUUUUGUGGAAUUGUUCACGGUGCCCCGUCUGCGUCGUGCCGUCCAAGCCUCUGGCAUUGUGAUGAUCGCCCAGCAGAUGUGUGGAAUCAAUAUCAUCUCGUUCUACUCCUCAACUAUCUUUCAACUCGCCGGUGCUUCCAACAUUGAAGCACUUCUUGCAUCAUUCGGCUUCGGCCUUAUCAAUUUCGUGUUCGCCUGGCCCGCCGUGUGGACAAUUGAUACAUUUGGCAGACGGGGUUUGCUUCUUUUCACCUUCCCACAGAUGUGUUGGACACUUCUUGCAGCUGGGUUCUGUUUCUGGAUUCCCACCAGCAGUAACGCGCACAUUGGAUUGAUCGCAUUCUUCAUCUACCUCUUUGAUGCUUUUUAUUCUCCCGGAGAGGGACCCGUUCCAUUCACCUACUCUGCCGAGGUGUUUCCGUUAUCUCACCGUGAAGUUGGAAUGGCCUGGGCGGUUGCAACCAAUAACUUCUGGGCUGCUGUUAUCUCGCUGACAUUCCCAUGGAUGUUGCGAGCAUUUACUCCGCAGGGUGCCUUUGGAUUCUAUGCAGGCUUGAAUCUCAUUGCAUUUGCUAUGAUAUUCUUUUUCAUGCCAGAAACCAUGCAGCGCUCGCUUGAAGAAUUGGACUAUGUGUUUGGCGUCCCGACCCGAACUCAUGCCAAGUACCAACUUACCAAGGUCCUCCCGUGGUGGAUUAAGAGGUAUGUUCUCAUGCGUAAGGAUGCGGUCUGCCCCGAACUUUACCAGGUCACCCAAGAUUAUGCCGCAGCCCCCGGUACCGUUGGAGACUCGGAGAAGCAUGUGCAGGCCGACGAAAAUGAGCGUCACGCUGAACAUGUUUAA